AUGAACACCAUAACCCGACCAUCACUAGGGCAGUCUAUCCAGCUCGGCACCCUCUACGACGCCCGCACAGAAUCCUUCCUCGACGCCUCCCUCCUAAUACCCUCACCCUCGGCAGAAACAGAAACACAACCUAAACCCAUCCCAGCAGAUGCCAUAACCUCAAACCCCAUAACCAAAUCCACCACAACCGUCGUGAAAUCCACCUCCAUCGCAGAACGCUUCAAUGCCCUAAAUGCAGGCCCUGAUCUCGCCGCAUGUCUGCUCGCAGGACUUGUUCACCCCCGUGGAUCCGCGCAGUACCUAGCGCAGCAGGGCGAUACGGUCCCCGCUGCACAUCGGGCAGUGGUUUAUACCGUUGAGAGCAGGGCUGAGGAAUUGAGUUUUAUGAAUGGGGGCGUGCGGGAGGUGCUGGAUUUGAAGGUGUUGGAAGGGAGCCAGGCCACGCAUGUUGUUAUUGGGGUGGUUUGGGGGGCUAGGGCUGUGGUUUCGGCGCAGAGGAGGGUUAUGUCUGUGGAGGAGUGGGGGGAUGUUGAAAGGAUUGUUGAGGAUGCUGUUAAAGGGUUUGUUGGUGAAGGUGAAAGUGGAUAUGACCAGAAGCAGCCGGUGGUGGAUGAUAUGCUUCGCGUCAGGAUAUAUACUGAUGCCAGGGAGAUCUUUACCGGCCAGACAGACAAUAUCUCCGAUGCUGCGGAACAUUUCAGUCAGUUGCAGGGGCAUGUUCAGCGGACUGGGGGUGUGCCGUUGAUGUAUACCCUGCUUCCGGUGACAUAUCUGUCUAUGCUUGGUGCUGCUCUACCUGAUAAUGUGGUCUCUGGGCAGCUGAGCAAGGAAUCCUAUGAUCAGGUUGUUGGUCUGGUUGACCAUCUUGCUUUUCUGCAGCGGGCAUUGAAUGCACACCACCAUCGGCUUGUUCAGCACCGGGGUCUCGUUGCCGACAGCCACUUUGCCAGAGUCAAGGAAGAGGCCAGGAAAGCGACAAAAGCUGAAGAGCAAUUCCGAACGGCAUACACUGCAGCACUUCCUACCAUCCGUGAUGGGACAGCAACAAGUCAGGCCGUGCUUGAUAUCGUCAACGAAGCCAAGUCCGAUAUACUGGGCUCUAACGAGCUGAACGACCUCACAUGCACAUACGACAAGAAACUCGGAUUUCUGUCGCGAAUGGUCAAAAUGGGCGCCAUCUUCCCUGAAGACGCAAAGUCCAAGCGGCAGGAAGUCAUCGACAGGGCGGCCAUUUCCUCCCACUCCUUCUACGUCUUCCACUUCAGCGACGCCGUCGACACAUCUAGCGACUCAUGGAACGAGAACCAGCAGCUCCUCAAAGACCUCCUCACGCAGAACCCCAAACCUCACGUCUUACUCAUCGACUGGGACAAGCAACGCCCAAACCUAACACAGCCCUACAUCACCGAGCACGCCAACGGGUCCAUCGUCGUCGAGAACCUCCUCGACCAGCACAAGGACCUCGCAGACAAACACCUCGUCAAAUACGACAGGUCCUACCUCGAAACAACCACCGACGUACCUAGCUACCGCAAGUCCCUCCGAAUCCCCUGCCCAGGCCCACACUGCGACGAGCAAAACCUCUACCUCUGGUCGUGCGCCGACUGCCUCGAACCCGUCGAGUUCGGGAGCAGAGAUGGCUUCUUCUACUGCGAGUGCGGACGCGUCCCAUUCCAUAAAUCCUCGUUCAACUGCCAGGGACCGUACCACAAGGACAAAGAGCGUGGCAAGUCAGCAUCAGACUUCUACCACUUCGACCGCACAGCCCUGCGCGACCUCCUCCUUUCCCUCCCUGAACCGCGCGAAGUCAACAUCCUAAUCCUCGGCGAGACAGGCGUGGGGAAAUCAACCUUCGUCAACGCCUUCGUGAACUAUCUCACCUUCAACUCGCUCGACGACGGACUCAAAGACCCAAAACUGAACUGCAUAAUCCCAUGCUCAUUCACAACACAGGUCGUCGACGGCCAAACCGGCCGGAUGACCAGCCAGGACGUCGUGGUAGGAAAAGACAAAGACGAAGCCGACGGAUCCAGGGGCUCUUCAGCAACCCAAAAGGCCACCGUGUAUCCAUUAUAUUUCAAAGACACGCUCGUCCGACUGAUAGACACACCUGGAAUCGGGGACACGCGCGGACUAGACCAGGAUAAACAGAAUAUGGCGAACAUGCUAUCCAUACUGCGGAACUACCCAUCCCUGCACGGGAUCCUGAUCCUGCUGAAACCGAAUAAUGCACGGCUGGGCGUCAUGUUCCGGUUCUGCGUUAAAGAGCUGCUCACGCAUCUGCAUACCAGCGCAGCGCAGAAUAUGGUCUUUGGGUUCACCAACACCCGGGGCUCGAAUUAUACACCGGGGGAUACGUUCAAGCCGCUCGAGAGCCUACUGUCCAGCUACCAGGAAGUGAUUCCGCAGUUAUCCAGGGAUAACGUGUACUGCUUCGACAGCGAGUCGUUCCGGUACUUGGCUGCGCGCAAGCAGGGGAUCGAGAUGGGACAUGAAGAUGAUUAUAGGCGCAGCUGGGAGCAUAGCGCGGCAGAGGCUGAUAGAUUGCUGGCGCACUUCCAGAGUCUGAGACCGCAUCAUACGCAGGAGACGCUGUCGCUGAAUGAGACGAGGCAUUUGAUUGCGCAGCUGACUGCGCCGAUGCAGCAGAUUUCGGUCGCCAUCAGUGAUACUAUUAUGAAGAAUGUGAAGCAGGUGGCGGAGUUGCGCGAUGCUGAGGGGACGAUGGCUGGCUUGCAGGGGAAGUUGCAGAUUCAUAAGACGAAUGUUUCGGCAAAGCAGCUGGAGAAGCCCAAGACGGUCUGCGCGAAUCCGAAAUGCGUUGAAGCGGUGUUUGAUGAGGAGAAGAAGGAGAAGGUGUUGUUGAGGAAGAAGCUCUGCCACAAUCCAUGCUGUUUAGUAAACGUCCCCGUCGGACAAGUCGGCACCCCCCAGCUGCAGAACUGCACUGCAUUCAACGGUGAAUACUGCACUGUCUGUUUCCACAAGUGGGACGAGCACGAGCACAUCCUCGUCGAGUACGCAAAGAGCGAAGAGACCGUGAUAGACGCUAACGUACAACGAGAACUGAAUACGACAGGUAGCCUGGUAAAAGCGAAGAAGAGCGCCAUCGCUGCGAUCGAGAGGAACAUUGCCGAGCUGAAGACCGAGCAUGCUGCUGUUCAGACGGCGGCAGCACGGUUCAGCCUGUAUCUUAAGCACAACUCGAUCACGCACUAUAACGACGCGACGGUCGAGUACCUGGAGCAUCUGAUCAAGGAUGAGAAGACCAAGGUGCGGACGGGGGAUAGCAGGCAGAGACUAGACGCGUUGGAGAAGGAUCUCGACAAUUACAAGAAGUUCGUCGACGCGAUGGAGCAGAAAGACAAGGCCGGUCCCAAGGCACAGGCGUACGCACCUCUAAAUGAAGCUGGCGUUGCGCAGCUCGUGCAAAGUCUGUAUAACCUGCCGCACUAUGGGCAGAUGCUCAAGGAUCUGGCUCAGGUCGUGGCGAGCGCAUACGAGGCAAACUUCCGCGAGCGGCCCUAUCGCAUCAGACACAGCAAGUACUGGCGAGGGCGAGACUUCCAGCAGCAGACUGGUAAACCACUGGUCAUGAAGAAGAGAGCCAUGUCGCCGGGCACAGCGGCCAAGCUAGGCCGCACCUUCGUGCCUGCAGCUGGGCCCAGCAACUGGGAGAAGACUGCACCGGAUGCCAUAUGGGAAGCAGACAUCGAGUUCUGGCCCACGACACCGAAGACGUCGACUCGGACUGCUCCGGUGAGAAGCAUUAUGGACAUGAAUGGAGAGCCCUCGCAGUCGGAGAAGGCAGAGGGGUAUGGCACUGGGCAGCUGGCGAAUGAGUUCCCGGCGCCGCCGCCAUAUCCAGGUCCAAGAACAGAUCAAGACUCUCAAUAUGGCCAGCUCGUUGAUGAAUCUGAGCCGGGGCAGGAGACAGAGAAGAAGGGAGUGUGGCUACGCUUGAAGAACAAGCUGAGGAAGAAGUAG